AUGCAGCGCGUUUCCUCCUUUCUGCCCUCAUGGGACAAGAGAACAUCUUCUGGCGGCGCAAAGAGCAACAGCAGCCUGUUUGGCUGGGGUGCUAGAUCCGUCUCGGGCCCGGCGCCGCCUACCAAGGCCUUGGCCGCCAUCAACACGGCCCAGGCAAACAAUGUCCGCAUCAAGCGAGAGGCCUUUUGGCCCGCCACCCUCGACCAAGAAUGCGACAAGGCCGCUCGAAUACUCAAGUCCUUUUGUGUCGACGGCUACCUUCACCCUGAGGAUGUAGACAACCCCGAGCUACCACCCGAUUCCUCGCAGCCCCCGCCUUCUCCCGCCCAAACGAUACAAAAGAUCCCCAAACGAGUCAUCCAAAAUGCCGCCGGUAUUGCAGUCUUUACAUGCAUGCGGAGUGGCCUAUGGAUGACCGGAUCUGGCGGCUCUGGAAUCCUCAUCGCACGCAAGUCGGACGGCACCUGGUCUCCUCCCUCGGGCAUUAUGCUUCAUACUCCGACCCUCAGCUUCAUCAUCGGUGUCGACAUUUACGACUGCGUUCUCGUCGUCAGCAACCUAGCCGCCCUCGAAACCAUUACCAGGUCCCGCGUCACCCUCGGCGAAGACGUCAGUCUCAUCAACGGCCCAUCUGUACCUCUUGAAUCGCAAGAGAAGCGUAUUAGCUGGAAAGACCUCGACAACACCGUUUUGGCUUACAUGAAAGCCCGCGGCCAGCAUCAGUCCGUCAACCUAAGCGGCUGCAUUCUCACCGAGAGAGCCAACGAAAAUGAGCGAUUCUACAACUCCGAAGUCACUCAAAUGGAUAUCCUUGCUGGCAAUGUCUCGCGCCACGUCGAGGAGACGAAACCACUCUUCGAGGUCAUCAAAAUGGCCGAGGGACGAACCGACUUUGACGCCGCCGUCAUCGACCAGACUGCUGUGCUGCCCGCCCCUGGCGACGCUGUGAUAGAAACACCAAGGUCCACGGCCCCUGCCUCGCCCCGAUUUGGCCUUCCCAAAGCGGAUGACCCCGAUCCUUUUGGUAUCCUAGCUCUCGAAAUGGCCGGUCUCGAGAUUCGUGAAGCCGGCAGCCGUCUGCGCCCUGCAAGUAGCCAGGUCGAGAUUGGCAAUGGCCCAAUGAGCCCGGGACUGUCCAAAUUUAGCCGUCAGAGCAUAGAAUCUAUGGCCCGUAGCAACCGCGGCUCUUACAUGUCGAAUCGCACCAUCAAGAGCCAGCUCACCGACGUUGCAACUCAAACUGACACACGGUCCUCGAGUCCGAGUCCUCGCGACAGCGAUGAGAGAAGCGAGCGCCCUUCACUUGACAAGCAAGAUAUUGACUAUACAACCGUCGACAUGUCCUCGCUCCGACACAUUAGCCAGGAAUACAUCAAGACGCCUGUUAUUGCUGAGGAGCCCGAAGAGACAACAACUGCUGAAGAAGACGCCAAAUCUGCUGCAUCUCUCAACUCCAGAGCAUCUUCGCCCGAAGAUCAGCAGGACGAGCUUGACAACGAAGAUAACGAGGAGGAUGACGAAGAGGAUGACGAGGAGCCCGUCGUUUUCGAAGUCGCCGCUGUACAGCCUGCACGAACGCAGGCCAUUGCUUCGCGUAUGAUCCAGGCCAGAGGCAACGUUGUCACCAUUGCCAAGCGUGUGCCCCCUCCUCUGCCUCGCAGAAGCCCGGCACGCAUGUCCCGACUCAUGAAGAGUGAAGGAGCCGGCGACGCUCUCAGUGUUAAGAGCCCUCUGCGCCAAGCGUUUAGCGAAGCCGACCUGCGCGACGAAGCCGCUGAUACCUCCAUCGAAAGCGUUGCUGAUGACGUCAAGUCCACUGGUGACAUUGACGAGUCGAGACUGAGCCGUGUUUCCGACAUGGGCCAGAUUCUGCACAGCAACCGCACCUCGGCGGUGUCUGUCAGGGCUACAGCUUCCACCCAGGAGGAGCCUUCCACUGAAGCUCACACUGAAAAGGCUGUCGAUGCGGAGCUGAGAGCCCUCCCGCCCGCAGUCGUGCACGACAAGGUUGCGGAUGACUCUGACGCUGAUUUCGUCGACGCUGUCACCGCGGCACCUCUUCACAUAGAUAAGCGCGUCUCUUUAGCCGUGUCUGAGCAUGCUGAGGAGGAAGCUCCUGCGAUACCUGCCCGCAGGUCCAGAGAAGCUAGAAAAGAAGCCGAGCCCGUGCACGCGCGCCCUCUUACAGACAAGUACGAUGAAGAUGGAGGAGAGACCACCACUACCAAUGAGGUGCACCCGACUGUUGGUGUGUCAGAGGACAGCGACGAAGCCAUGGAUGGUGACGACGAGGAUAUCUCUGAUAUUUCCGACUCUGAGCUCCUGGAUGCGGAAUUUUCCAUCAUGGAGCCGGCUACUAUUCGGACCAUGCGUCUUUCCCAGAUCUCAGGCAACAGCGAUUCAAAGCCUCAGAAGCUAGAGUUUCGCAACUCGCGCGAGAUUGCCCCCGUCGAAGACAAGGUCCGGGGUUCCCGCAAGUCAAUCACUGACGAGGAGCUCAAUGCCGCCAUGGUGGCCUUUGAGAACCUGGCGCAAAUUGACGACAGCGAUAGCCACCCCAGCACUCCUCACAACGAGCAUACCGAUGCUUCUGACUCUGCCUCGAUCAAGAAGAAGCACAGCUCGUCCGUUUAUACUGGUGCUACCGAUGACCGGUGGAGCUACGACGGUUCUUCGCCAACGACGCCUACUUCCGAUCGCCCCAGCUCCAUGUCCGGUGACCUGACUGACGAGGGCACACCCAAGAAGCACAAGCUCAAGACUCAGGAGCUUGAGCCUGUCAGCCACAUCGAACCUCUGGAAACCGUCGACAGCCACAACGGAGAUACCACACCCACCACCGUUACUGUCGCAUAA